AUGGAGAGUUGUGCAGGACUGGAAGUUUGUGGCUCAGGUGUUGGACAGGAUUUUCCUGUGGGCGUUCCUCACCGUGUCCAUACUGGGAACCGUUUUAAUCUUCACCCCCGCUCUGCAGAUGUACCUCAGCACACCCUCCUGAAAGCAAACACAAACUCCCGAAGACUCACCGUCACCUCCCACUUCUUCUUCUGGCCGGAGUGA